AUGCCCACCUUACCUGAUGGUACACUACUUGCCACAUCAGUACACCUGCGAUUAGCUUCAGUUGUCGAUGAUCCCGACUGGUGUCAGGCGGAUUUGGAGCUCACAUGUCCCAAUCAGAGCUGUCAGCAGAAAUCGCUUAUCAGCAUGAUUGGCAAUAGGUACGAUGGCAGAACGGGUGAUUCGAUGAUCCGUAAUACCCCUGGAGCGAUCCUCACUUGUCCCGAUUCCAACUGUACCAUGCAAAGUUUGAUUGAUAUCUCCGAAUCAGCCACUAGGAUAAGCAAAGACUCUGCUCGGGCGUUCUAUAAUGUUCACCGAGGAUAUACUGGUCCAAAGAUCCUACCUGAUAUAGUCUUCUUCGGUCAUACCAGAACGAAUAACAAGUAUACGAACACUAACAGUAUGGAAACGAUCAAGCCAUAUUUCAGAAUCACUCAGUACGCUUUAUCACAGAGUAAGGCCGUGUCACCUCAGUAUGGACAAUACAACACGUUGCAGCCUGACGGCGAACCUGCUGAAAUCGACGUUGUCCCGACGUUUCUGGGUUAUGGAGAUACAUUGUCUGACGAUCGUUAUGAUGGUGUGUAUACUUAUAAAGUCGCAAAGGCAGGAGGAGAACAAUCCUCUUCCACAUUGCUGGAUAAAGAAACGUAUGGUCUACCCACGAAGUUCACUUAUAACUGA